GACCACUCUGACCCACCAACGAGGAAGGAAACCAACCGACCAUGAGCUGGUGGUGUACAAGUUCCAGAACUGAACAAGCCGUUAUCUUGUUUCCUAACUUGUUGCUGUCUGAAUCUGCAUGAGUUGCAAUUUUCCAGUCAACCUUCCACCUUCUGAAGCAAAACCCAUCGCACUUUGUACGUCAGUGACUUCCACCCAUUGUCCUUCCAUCUACAGGACCAGAGAGAGAAAUUUAUUUGUGACUCGCUAACUGUACGUCUCAGUUACUGUUGGAGAGGCUGAAGGUGGCAGAGGUUCUGGAUCUGUUCUGGAUUACCAGGAUUCUUAACUGAGUAGAAAAAUGAUUUCCCUCACCGGACCUUUUGUGGUGUUGCUACCAAUUCUUCUGGCACAUUCUGUGGCUCAAGGUGUCAUUACUAGCAAAGAUAUUGCUCACUUACCGUGCCGAAUUGCCGGGGUGCUCCUGGCCAAGUCUUCUGAUCACAAGCAUAUAUUCAACUUCACCGCAGCAGAAAGCGUGUGCCAUGUCCUGGGCUUACAGUUGGCCAGCAAGGACCAAGUAGAGAAAGCAAAUAAAUAUGGGUUUGAAACAUGCAGCUUUGGAUGGGUGUCAGAGCAAUUUGCGGUUAUUUCUCGUAUCCAGCCUAAUGAGAAAUGCGGGCAAAACAAAACAGGACUUCUAUCAUGGAUGUCUGUAAACCCUGCCAAGGUCUUUCAUGCUUACUGCUUCAAUGCUUCAGAUACCUGGAAGAAUUCCUGCAAACCGGACCCGCUGACGACUACACUUCCCGACACGUCCAUGGCGCCUUCUACGUCCGUGGUGCCUUCUACAGCCAUGGCACCUUCUACUUCCGUUGCGCCUUCUAUUACUGCUGAGUCGGCACAAUCCAGCACUGAUGAUACAACCCUUAAAACAAUAUCUAUUCUGAACACAAGCAUGUCGACUCAGGGAUAUAUGAAAACCACCACGUUUCGGCCACCGUUCACAACAACACAACUAACCUCCACGUUUGCAAAUGAUCCGGUGGAAGAGUCUACAAACAAGCCAGCGGCCGUCAAUGCUAAAGAGAGUUUUGGAGGUUUACCAGCUACCCUACUAACGCUGGCGCUGAUAUUUUUCAUUGCAUCGGUGGUGUUGGCUGUUUGCUACAUCAAGCAGUACAAGACAAAUUGGCUUUUCACAAACAAAGAGGAAAAAGAAUCCGUAGAAACCAAAGUGUUUAAAGAAAACACGAACACAGAACAAGAGAGUCCCAAGGAGGACGGCCAAGCGGCAAAUGGCAAAUCCGAGAUUCCGCAAACUUAUACAGGGAAUUCCAUGGAGGCAGAAGUGUAGCGCCUUCCACAAUCUGUUUAUCACUGGACUAAGAGAAAGGGCAGUUCGGUGCAAGGAUAUGUAACAUCAUGGCUGGGUUUGCAUCGCCUCUGCAGUUUUGCCUGGGCUACAAUAUUGGAUUGUGGGGGUAAAAUUUUACCAUGGGAACCUCUUCGAUUAUGAUUCAGUGCAGAAAUACCCCAAAAAUAAAUGGUUUUCGCCCCAGACUUUUUAAAAAAGAGCCUUUUUCAGAUUGGAAAUUGCAUAAUGGAAACUGAAAAGGCAGCCACAUGGAAUAUACACUAUAUGGCCCAAAGUAUUUGGAUACAUUUGACGUCCUCAAACAGCGACUGACGAGUUCCAAGCUAUCUCUAGAAGCAAUAGAGAAUCAGUAGGGAGCAUGAGGUUUGUAUGGGUGAUAAGAGACAAACAAACCUAACAAUGUGCAAUGCCAAAGAGCUGCAGUGGUGUAAAAGGCACUGACAUUGGGCUGUGGAGCAGUGAGAAUGGAUCCACAAGGACUGAUAAAUGGCAUUUCACUGGCAGUCUGAUGGAAAAAUGUGGGUUUUGAAGAUGCCAGGAGAACACUACCUGCCUAAAUACAGUGCAUUCUGGUGGAAGAGAAACAAUGGCCUGGUUCCUUAAGGCUACAGUCACAGUCCUGACAAUUCUGUGGAACAGUUUGAGGAAGGCUCUUUCCUGUUCCAGCACAAUAAUGUCCCCAUGCACAGAGUCAGGUCCCUACAGAAUGGGUUUACUGAGAUGGGAACAGUCUGACUGCAGAGUGGUAACCCAACUGAACCCCUGUGGAAUUGGAACCCAAACUACUGUGAGCCUGAUCCCCAACAUCAGUGCCCAACUUCACUA